AUGGGUCUACUCGACCACCGGUCACACUCCGGGCUCGUACGCGGAGCCAGCUCCGAACGGCCCUGUCAAGCACAUCGGUCAUCGGUAAAGGUGAACCUGUCGUCGUUAGAACGGGAAACUCUCGUGCUGAACGACUCGCACUCGCGCAGAUUUCUGCUCAAAGCGAAGCAGGGCCUUGCGCAGCGCGGUCACGUCGGUCAGAAGGGUCUUCGAGGUUUCAACGGCGUCGAGCAGGCUCAGUAUUUCACCCUCGAGGCCUGA